UGUUUCCUACUUGUUUCCUACUUGUUUCCUACUUGUUUCCUACUUGUUUCCUACUUGUUUCCUACUUGUUUUCUACUUGUUUCCUAAAUUACUUGGUUCCUACCUACACAAGGUAUUUUCACGCCCAUCAAACUACCAAGACCAAGCGACGGAACUCGGAGAGACAGCUUCACCGAAACGACCAUACAAAGCCCUCUCUCUCACUCACCCCCAACAUUUUUGAUAUCGUCACCUAUCAACCAAAAAGGGACCAACUCCCCCUCUCCGCAUACCAACAUAACCAAAUACCCAAUCCAGCUCCCCACGUCAAUGGCCUGCGACAACCAUUAAUCUCCGUGUCACAGGCGUGCUGCGUGGGAGUCUUCCCCGCACACCGAGGCACGAGACAGGGCAUCCUCCUCCAACCACCGCUCCUCGCCCACGACGAGGCCCAGCUGCCCAUCUCCUCCAGCAGCCUCUCGCGUUCCACCCGCAGCGCCGCACCCCGCUGCCUCAUCCACCACCAUGCCUCACGACCGCAGCAGCACGCCGACACCGAUCGGGUCCCACGAGUCCUUCGUCUCUCCGCUGCCCGAGCACUUCCCCCGCGCCUCCACGCCAUCCCGCCGGGACGCCGCCGACGAUGACCGUGUCCCCGCCACGGCGUGGGACCGCUUCAUCACGGACCGCUCGGACUCGGCGUUCCAUGCGUUUGCGGGCGCGACGGGCGGCUUCAUGUCCGGCAUCGUGACGUGUCCGCUCGAUGUGAUCAAGACGAAACUGCAAGCGCAGGGCGGGUUCCGGGCGGCGCAGGCGAGGCUCAAGGUCCCGCAGAAGGCGGCGGUGUAUAAUGGGAUGUUAGGGACGGGGAAGGUGAUUCUGACGGAGGAGGGAAUAAGGGGGUUGUAUAGAGGGUUGGGGCCGAUUAUUUUGGGGUAUUUGCCGACUUGGGCGGUGUGGUUUACGGUGUAUGGGAAGGCGAAGACGUAUAUUUCGACUACAGAUAGUUCAGAGUUCGUAACUAAUUUUUGGUCCUCGAUUAUCGCGGGUUCGUGCUCAACGCUCUGCACAAACCCCAUCUGGGUCGUCAAGACCCGCCUCAUGUCACAGGUGAGCGCGACCUCAUCAUCCCACGACUCGCGCCCCCCCUGGCACUACAACAACACCUUCGACGCCUUCUGGAAGAUGUACAAGACCGAAGGCAUCCUCUCCUUCUACUCGGGCCUCACCCCCGCCCUCCUCGGCCUCACCCACGUCGCCGUCCAGUUCCCGGCCUACGAGUUCCUAAAGAAGAAAUUCACCGGCCAGGGAAUGGGCGUCCACCACGACGGCGAGAAGAAGUCCCAGUGGAUCGGCAUCCUCUCCGCCAGCGUCCUCAGCAAGAUCAUGGCUAGCUCCGCUACCUACCCGCAUGAGGUAAUCCGGACGAGGCUGCAGACGCAGCGGAAACUCGCACCUGGCCCGUCAACCGAAUACGCACCCUUCAAACCCCUAACUGCGGAGGGCCCGUCGAACGCUGCGGUGGCGAAGAAUGCUUUACCCCGCUACAAGGGCAUCGUGACGACCGCCAAGACAAUCCUGCGAGAAGAGGGGUGGCGCGCGUUUUACGCGGGGAUGGGCACGAAUAUGAUGCGUGCUGUCCCUGCUGCUACGACGACGAUGUUAACAUACGAGUAUGUGAUGAAUUACCUCGUGAAGACGCGCUCUGAGGCGCAGCGGAAAUCGGCGAUAUGAACUUUUGGCCGCAGGAUAGGAUCUGCGAUUUAACAGUACUGGGAAGGAUGGAUGGAUGGGACACAUGUAGAUAUCUUGGGGUGAUAUGGGGAAGAUUCAAUACACAUACGGCGUGGCGGGGAAGGGCCUAUUUUGGGCAGACUAUGGAUGGAAAGCGUUUUGGCGUUGAUACUCAGAGCAUAUGAGUUCGCAUGUAGCGGGUGGACGGGGUGGCUCAGCGGAUUUGUUGGUCGAUUCCUGCUUGAAGCGAGAUGCGGAGAGUGGAGAUACAAAUAUCAGCAGCGGCAGCAGCAGCGCUUUUGGUUUUGCCUGCUGCUGCUGCUGCUGCUGCUGGGGCGGGGUAAAUUAUCUGUGUGUGUGUGUGAUGUGCUAAGGGGAACAAGUUUGUAUAUAUAAAAAGUUUUGACAACAAG